AUGUUUCUUGUGUCUGUUUUUGUUUGUGUGUAUAUAUAUAGUCAUAUGUCCUUAAAGAAAUCCAGGUUUAUUAAGCAUUUGCUGAAAAUUGAAAUUAAGACAAAGGAGAGAUGGGGAGGGUGUGUGUAACAGGAGCAGGAGGAUAUAUUGGCUCAUGGGUUGUGAAGCUUUUGCUUUCCAAAGGAUAUGUGGUUCAUGGAACUGUUAGAGACCCAUGUGAUGAGACAAAAAAUGGUCAUUUGAAGAAAUUGGAUAACGCUGAAGAAAGGCUGCAUCUUUUCAAGGCAGAUUUGUUAGAUUUCGAAAGCCUUUGUGCCGCCUUUGCUGGCUGCUCUGGAGUUCUUCAUGUUGCCUCUCCUGUUCCUAGUGGACAUGUGACAAAUCCCCAGGUGGAACUGCUGGAUCCUGCUAUAAUAGGAACACAAAAUGUAUUAAACGCAAGUUUGAAGGCUAAAGUCGAAAAGAUUGUAGUUGUCUCUUCUGCAUCUGCUGUUAUGGCGAGUCCAGAGUGGCCGUCAGACAUGGAACUGGAUGAAAGCUGUUGGACGGAUAUAGAAUACGCCAAAUCAAUCCAACACUGGUAUGGUGUAUCCAAGACGACAGCAGAGAUGGAAGCUUUGAAUUUUGCAAAACGACAUGAUGUGAAAGUGGUAACGAUUUGUCCAUCCAUAGUCAUCGGGCCAAUGCUCCAGUCCACCAUUAAUGUUACCAGCUUACUACUUUUGAGCUACAUGAAAGAGGAAGGCAGAACUCGAGAAGACACGUUGGACAACCUUAGACGUCCAUACGCAGACGUUCGUGACUUAUCAGAGGCGAUUUUGCUGUUAUAUGAAAAUCCCGAAUCUGACGGGAGAUACAUAUGUUCAGCCUACUCAAUUAGGACAGAGGAAUUUGUUGCAAAAAUGGAGAACUUGUUUCCUGGCUACAAUUAUCCCAAAAUCUUUAAAGAGAAUAGUGGUUUUAAUCCACUCAACUCAAAGAAGCUGUUGAAAUUGGGAUGGAACUAUAGGCCAUUGGAAGAGACCAUAGUUGACACCGUCAAGAAUUAUGAAGAAACUGGUUUAUUGGGGAAAGGGAAGCCAUUUCCAUCUACUAUAAGGUUAUAGUACCAUUUUGUUGUUGAAGUAAUUCAAAGUCCUUGAUGAUAUGGCAAACUUGGCAAUCUGGAUGUGGCUUUGAAGUUGCUUUUUUUUUUUUAUCGGAGUAUUUAUUUAUUUUAUGUUUUAUUUAUUUUUGCAAACGUUGGUCAUUUUCUUUAUCGUGGUCAGUAAGCCAGGGUCAUGGGUCAUCAUGCUUGUUUCCUCGGCCUAAAGUAAGUGUUAUUCGGCCCGUUGAGUUUUCUUGUUCAUUAAGUUGUUAACCUUAAUAUGUUCUAUAUAUAUAUCUUGUCUAUCGUAUCGUAA